AGGGCCAAGUGUCCCUUCACUUCCUCCCACUCUCGACUUUAGACUGCGUUUAGAGAUUUCAAACUGGUUUUAGCGAGAAAUCGGCUAAAACCGCCAAAAAAAUAUAAAAAACACCGGAAAACAACCAAAAAAAGGAUAAAAUUUUCAAAAAGCUUUCCAAAAAAAUCUUAAAGCUUUCCAAAAACCUUGAAAACCAAAAGAUUCAAGUAAAUACAAAGCAAGGACAAGACGUAAAAUCGAGAUGAAUCCAUCUACCGGCGCCGCGAACUACCCCAUUGCAUCGUUGUACGUUGGAGAUUUAGCUCCAGAUGUAACCGAAGCCAUGCUGUACGAGAAGUUUAGUACUGCUGGGUCGGUUUUAUCUAUCCGUGUUUGCCGUGAUCUAGUGACAAGACGAUCUCUUGGGUACGCGUAUGUGAACUUUCAGCAACCCGGUCAUGCCGAGAAAGCGCUUGACACGAUGAAUUUCGACCCCAUCAAGGGUCGUCCAUGUCGAAUCAUGUGGCAGCAACGAGACCCUUCGCUUCGAAAAUCCGGAGUGGGAAACAUUUUCAUCAAGAACCUGGACAAGAGUAUUGACAAUAAGUCUCUCUACGACACCUUCAGCGCCUUUGGGAACAUCCUGUCGUGUAAGAUUGCCCAAGAUGAACUGGGAAACCCGAAAGGCUACGGCUUCGUUCACUUCGAGACAGAAGAUGCUGCCUUGGAAGCCAUUGCCCGAGUUGACGGCAUGUUGUUGAACGACAAGAAGGUCUUUGUGGGUCGCUGGAUGUCCAAGAAAGAGCGCAUUGAGAAAAUGGGUACCCAGCCCAAGAAGUUCACUAAUGUGUAUGUGAAGAACUUUGGUGACGAUAUGGAUGACGAGCAGAUGAAGGAGAUCUGUGCAGAGGCUGGUAAAAUUGUCAGUCUGAAGGUCAUGACUGACCCUGAGGGCAAGAGCAAGGGCUUUGGUUUUGUCAGCUUUGAGACCCCAGAGGAGGCGGAGGAGGCUGUCAAUGUCCUGAAUGGCAAGGAGAUCGGGGGACGUAGACUGUGGGCUGGGCGUGCCAAGAAGCGUGCAGAGCGUGCAGCAGAGGUAAAGGCAGAGAUUGAGAAGAAGCGCCAAGAACGCAUCAACCGCUUCCAGGGCGUGAACCUCUACAUCAAGAACUUGGAUGACCCCAUUGAUGACGAGCGCUUGAGGGAGGAAUUCUCACCCUAUGGUACCAUCUCUAGUGCCAAGGUCAUGAAGGACGACAAGGGCAACUCUAAAGGGUUUGGCUUUGUGUGUUUCUCCUCCCCUGAGGAGGCCACUAAGGCAGUGACUGAGAUGAAUGGCAGAAUCCUCAUCUCCAAGCCAUUGUAUGUGGCCCUGGCCCAGAGGCGUGAGGAGCGCAAAGCCCAGUUGGCUGCACAACACAUGCAUCGCAUCUCAGGGUUACGCAUGCACCAGGCGGCAGGACAGCAGCCCGGUCAAGUGUUUCCUCAGGCAGGUGGCUUCUACAUGCAGCCUGUGCAGGGACAGCGUCCAUUCUUCACACCUCAAAUGCCGCAAGUGCGCCCACGUUGGGGCAUGCCACCGCAGCAACAACAGCAGCAGAUGCGCCCAACUGGAGUCCAGAAUAUGGGCGGGCAAGUCCCUAGGGCUCGUGGGGUGCGACAGGUCCAACCAAGGAAUGUUGGCCCCCAGGCUGGCAUGCCUCAGGGAGGACCUGCUGGGAUGCCACGCAUGCCGGUGCAACAAGCCAGAAUGGGUGGUGUCCCACCCCAGAGGCAGCCCUACAAGUUCUCUCAGACUGUGCGCAACCCCCCUCCAGCUGGGCAGAUGCCAGAAGGUGGCCAGGGAAUACCAGGGGGUCAGGAGCCUUUGAACCCAAGUGUUUUGGCAGCUGCGACCCCGCAGGAGCAGAAGCAGAUGCUGGGUGAACGACUCUUCCCUCUGAUCCAGACCAACCACCCUGAUAUGGCGGGCAAGAUCACCGGCAUGCUGCUGGAGAUUGACAAUGCAGAGCUUCUGCAUAUGCUUGAGUCACGUGAUGCCCUACAGAUGAAGGUUGAUGAAGCUGUGAGUGUGUUGCGUGCCCACCAAGCCAAGGAGAGCACCACUGCCGCUGCAGCCCCAGUGGAGCAGAAGUAGUUUCCAGGCAUCCUCGGAUGAGCUAGACGAGAUGGAGUGGAUAUGACAACUUUUUUGUUUUGUUUUGUUUUUUUUUACCGGAUUUGACUCAGUUUGUUCCAAUUUAAAUAAAGUUCUCUGAUGAGUUCUAA